AUGUCGUCGCUCGGCGAAAAGCAGUAUGGCUCGGCAGAGAAGAUCGACACCGAGGCCGGUCCUACGCUGGUGAUGACCGUGACCGAGCUCAACGAAGGUGCCAAGCAGAGCGCGCAAAAGGAAAUCGAGGCAUCCGUCUGGCAGUCGGUCAAGGCGUGCAAGACGGGUCUCUUGUGGUGCUUUGUCGUGUCGCUCUGUGUCAUCAUGGAGGGCUACGACCUCAACCUGCUCGGCAACUUUUUCGCCUUUCCAAGAUUCGCGCAAAAGUACGGACACUACGUCGACCAGGAGUCCGGCUACCAGCUCACGCCCGCCUGGCAGGCUGGCCUCAACAACGGUUCCGGCGUCGGCGCUUUCUUCGGCACCUUGCUCAACGGUAUUCUCGUCACGCGCUUCGGUCACCGCCGUGUGCUCAUCGGCGCACUCGCAGCGCUCUCGUGCUUCAUCUUCAUCACCUUCUUCGCCAAGUCUGUGGUCAUGCUCCUCAUCGGUCAGCUGCUUUGCGGUCUGCCCUGGGGGGUGUUUGCCACCACCGCGCCCGCUUACGCCUCCGAGGUGCUGCCGCUCAACCUGCGUGUCUACAUGACAAGUUGGACCAACAUGUGCUUCAUCAUCGGCCAGCUCAUUGCUUCGGGUGUGCUGGCGGGUCUGGUCAACUUUGACAGCGAGUGGGCGUAUCGCAUUCCGUUUGCUCUGCAGUGGGUGUGGCCUGCGUUCCUGAUCCCUCUGCUCUUCUUCGCUCCCGAGUCUCCCUGGCACCUUGUGCGUCAGGGUCGGCCCGACGAGGCCGAGCGAAGCCUGCGUCGUCUGUACAGUAGCAGCGUCUCGGACCACCACAUCAAGGACACCCUCGCGGCCAUCACCAAGACCAACGCAAUGGAGGAGCAGCUGUCCGUCGGCACAUCGUAUCGCGACUGCUUCAGGGGCUUCGAGCGCCGCCGAACCGAGAUCGCCUGCGUCGCCUUUGCCGGUCAGGUGCUGUCGGGAUCGUCGUUCGCCUACAACUCGACCUACUUUUUCCAGCAGGUCGGCCUCACUGCUGAUCAGACCUACCACCUCAACGUCGGCGGCACAGGCAUGGCGCUCGUCGGCACGCUCUGCAGCUGGUUCUUCAUCAUGCCCUACGUCGGACGCCGACGCAUCUACAUCUCGGGCAUGGCUGCCAUGGCCCUCGUGCUCCUGAUCAUCGGCAUCCUCAACACGCGCACGAACAACGACUCGGUCGGCAUGGCCCAGGCUGUACUCACGCUCGUCUGGACGUUUGUCUUCCAGCUCUCUGUCGGUCAGAUGGGCUGGAGCGUGCCUGCCGAGGUGGGCAGCACAAGGCUCCGCCAGAAGACCGUCUGCCUGGCGCGCAACGCUUACUACAUCGUCUCGGUCAUCUCGCAGGUCCUCCAGCCCUACUUUAUGAACCCCACAGCCUGGAACUUGAAAGGGUACACCGGAUUCUUCUGGGCAGGAACCGCACUUAUUACGCUCGUUUGGGCCAUCUUCCGUUUGCCAGAGACAAAGAACCGCCCGUACGAGGAACUCGACCUGCUCUUUGCCCAGCGCGUCCCUGCCCGCAAGUUCAAGACGACCCAGGUCGACACCACCAUGCACAAGUCCGACAACCACCUCCCCGUCCUCGCGCACUAG